AUGGCGAGCUUGAGGUCAGAGUACGAUGACAAGAAUCUCAAAAAGAAUGCGUUUUCUGGACGACGUUUAAGACUCGAAUUGGACCGAUUGGACAUCCAGAAAGAUCACAUUUCCAAGCAGUUUCGACAUGAGAAAGAUCAACUAAGAAAGCAGAUAGCAGAAGGAGAAGAAAUACUGAAGUUUAAAAACUUAGAUCCAAGCGAAAUUCGGCCGCCAUUAUCAUCGACCGACAUGAAAAAACUCAGUCCUCGGUUUGCUCACAAACUUAGUGGAGCACAGCUUAGUAUGUUGCCCCCAAUUGGGGCUCCAGCUCAUCCACCUGACAAUUCUAAGGUGGGCCAACCUUUACCUAGAAGCGACAAACGUCGAUUUUCGCUACCUGCACCAACAAUUGCAUUGCACGAGUGCAUUGAUACGGAAAGAAAAAGAUCAAGUGACAGUCUAACCAUUCCCAAAUUACUCAAGCGUAGAGCCUCGGCCAAUAAUGCUUUGCUGAAGGACAGCGAGGAUAUUACUGGCAGAAUUAAUGAAUUUUUUCAAAAGUUAAGCAAGUCCAGUGAAAAUGUUACUAUUGAAUGUCAGAAAAGCACGGGUGAGAAAAGUUCAACUGGAACACAGAACUCGUUGCCAUCCCCAUAA